AUGUUGUGUGUUUUAUUCGGUUUCUAUUGACACCGUUACAAGCAGCAGGCUGUCGGUUGCAGUUCUCCACUUUGCUCUGCUCGCACCAUCCAGGCGAGUAGCUAUGUGACGGAGUGGCCGCUGCUUUAUCCCAGACCCCCGCGUCUCAGUCUCCCUCGUCCACUGAGGAUGGAUCCGAGGAAUGUUGACACCAGCAUCAACUCAGUUUCGCUGUACGGGGAAUUUACGGUCACUGGUAACCGAAAAGCCAGGUGUGCCGUGAGCUUGACCGAGAAGGACCUCAUCGUCCAGAGGCUUCUUUUGGCACCUGUCGGACGAAACAAGGUGGUGCUCAGUCUGAAGGACUGCGUUGGUUGCAGGGCAUACCGGGAAGAUGACAACGCGGACCCGGCAGCAUACUUGGCAGUCUACUUCUACCCGCUCAAACGCCGCUGGAUGAGUUCCGGGGUGUCGCGGCAGAGAGCGGAGCAGUGCUUUCGUCUUGCUUCGCUCCAGGACCCGUGCGCUAACCUGGAGGAGGCGGAGAAGUGGGCUCGCGCUGUUCGAGAACGCUCUGCACGGCAACCGUACCUAAGAGACGGGGUGUCGAUGAGCAUGUUGUCUCGUCCGAGCCGAAUGAUGCUGCUUGUGAACCCGCAGAGCGGGAAAGGACAGGCGCUCACUCUCUACAACAACCAUAUCCAACGAAUGCUCAACGAGGCGGGAGUCACACACACACUGGUCAUCACUGAGAGGCAGAACCACGCCCGAGAGCUGGUGAAGGAGGCUGACCUGUCGCAGUGGGACGCUUUAGUCAUCAUGUCCGGAGAUGGACUUCUGUUUGAGGUGAUAAAUGGUCUGCUGGAGAGACCAGACUGGGAGGAGGCCAUCCAAACCCCGCUGGGUAUUCUUCCCAGUGGAUCAGGCAAUGCCUUGGCUGCAUCUAUACAUCACUACUCUGGAGCCCCGCCAGUGUUCAGUGAGGAGCUCCUUGUCAGCUGUGGUUUCCUGCUCUGUCAAAGACUUGUGGCCCGAAUGGACCUGGUCUCUAUCCAUGUGGCCUCCAGGCCUCGUCUCUUCUCCUUCCUCUCACUGGCCUGGGGCUUUGUGGCCGAUGUCGACAUAGAGAGCGAGAAGUACCGUCAGGUCGGAGCUGCCCGGUUCACUAUUGGCACGCUGGUGAGGCUGGCUUCUCUCCACGUCUACAAGGGAAAGCUGGCUUACCUGCCCGCCACAGAGGACUACAGCAACGAGGAGGGUUUAGAAAAUAACCAGACACUGCAUUGUAACAAUCAGGCUUCCUCUUUGGCUCCGGCUUCUCGACCAUCCAGAGACUCUCCUUGCCAGAACACUUUUCACAACUCCUGCCACUCCAACAACUCCCUUAAAGUGCAGAGAACGGAGAGCACGCCUUCUCAAAGCGCCACCAAAGCAGGCCCGUCUGACUCCCUUCUGCUGCCUCUGGACCAGCCGCUGCCCAGCGACUGGGUGGUAGUCCAGGAGGAAGACUUUGUCCUCAUGCUGGCCAUGUACCAGUCCCACUUGGCGGAGGACCUGCUGGCAGCCCCAGGCGCCACCUCGGACGACGGCUUCAUCCAUCUUAUCUAUGUCAGAGCGGGGAUAUCCCGCGCCUCGCUGCUGAAGCUGUUCCUAGCUAUGGAGAAGGGUGCACAUCUGACUACUAACUGUCAGCAUUUAGUGCACACUAAGGUGCGGGCGCUCAGGCUGGAGCCACAUUCACCCAAAGGGAUAAUAACAGUAGAUGGAGAAGUGGUGGAAUAUGGGCCGGUGCAAGCAGAGGUACACAGAGGCCUGGCGAGAUUAAUCACUGGAUGAGUAAUCAUCCCCCUCAGCUUUCAUCUCUAUUAAAGGCCCAAUAAACACAUUUUAGCAUUUAAGCUGAGCCAUGUCCAGGUGUCGGAGUAAAGCAAUAAAUCUAAGACUCAUUCACUGUUAUCUACAACAUCGUAGCCUCUCAUCGGUAUGUGAAAAACGAUUAUGCGAUAUUAUGACUAGGUGUUCAAUAUUAAAUAAAUAGUUAAGACAUUGUGAAAUUAAUAAUCAUAUUUAUUAAUGCAGACAAGAUAUAUAAUAUAAUCAUGGAAUUGUAAAAAUAAGCAAAUUUUUGUUUUUUAAUUGUUCUUUUCAUCUUCUUCUUUUAAACAAAGCUUUAAGUUUUUUAUUUUAUUUUCACACAUUUAUUUUGUCCAUCAAGACGAACAGCAGAGUAAGUUAUGUGAUUGGACAACCAAAAACCUAAUUACGAAACCUUCCAAAGUUUUGAAACAAGAUAUUUUUAUGGUGUGCACAAAAAGAAAUAUUAUCUUGCUUCGGGGGCUCUGUACUUUUUAACCAGCCUUUCGAAAAAGUACUUUAAAAAAAAAAUAAAAAAAAAAAACCUGCUGGAAUAAAGUAAACAAGGAACACAGUUAUUGUGAAAAAGAACAGGAUAAAAUUUCACAAUAAUGCGCUGAGGUUCAAAAAAGUAUUUAAUUGUUUCAUCAUUUUAAUGCCUCUAUUAAUUUAAUAUUGAACACUUUGGGACUCCAUAGCCACGGCUGAGCUUACUGUAGACACACGGUUCAUGAUGAAGGGUUUCUCAACUUGUUUAUUGCUGCAUGGAGAGGAUUUCUUCUCUGUGCUGAAGCUGGCCUAGCAGCCUGAAUUACGGCAUCUGCUGCGACAGCAAAGGUUGAAUGAAUGCCUUCAUGGCUCCCCUGCCGUAUUUUGAAGACUGGGGGCUGUCUAUGUUUAAUAGAGGUGGUUGGGCUUUGUGACUGUUCAUUAUACACAGAGAGCCUCAGACACUCAGUUAAGGCCACAUAGCAAGCCAUAUAAGUAAGUAUGUUAUUUAUUAUUAAUAUUUAAUUUGAAGAGAGAAGAGAUCUGAAAUCUUUAAUGAUACCAGAAACAAAAAAACUGUUUGGGAAAUAGAUUUACAAUUAUAUUACCAUAAUUCAUUUAGUCCUACUGGUGGAUUCUUUUGUAGUUCCACUAAUAUGAAUUAAAUCAUUUCAACAACUAAUAAUUGUUUUUUUUAAAUAGAACAGGUUUUGAAAUAUUUGUCUCUGUAAUUUUACACAAAUCAAUGGGGUUAAAUGAAGAUUUGUUUGUUGUGCUCAAAGCUUUUUAAAAGUCAACAGACUUCAGUGUCCGUAGUAUCAGUAGUAUGUCGGGUCUGUUUCAGUAGAAAGUAGUUCCAGUCAAAACUGGUCACAGUGAGCUCUGUGGAUUAUCCAGUGUAACCAAAGCAAUUAGUCAGGAAAGAGAUGUUAAACAUGCAUUUUUCUUGCUGCAUCACAAUCAAAAUGCCAUUGACAACAACCUUAUUACUAUCAAUGCAGAAAUCUCAUAGAUGGACAUUAAAACCUGCUCAAUUAAACCAAAACUAUCUGCAUGACUAGGUCAAAGAGUAAUACUGUUUUAUUUUUAUUAUUUGGGUGAAUGGACUUUGAAAUCCACCUGUUUGGUGCUGGAUUGGAUCUGUCCCGUUAAUGUGAAUAACCGGCUCAAUCACCUACGGGUUUACUGGUAGUUAAUCACUAACUAAAGUAGAAACAGACUAAACGAAAGUGGAGCUCCAGAAAAAUAAAUUACAACACUGAACGCUUGAAAAUACCUCCUGUAAUGUGCUGAUCAUUGCGGACUGAUGAUAACAGUGCUCCUGCAGCUCCCUGGUUCUAAACGGGUGAUAGGUGUGUUUUAUGCUCCAAGACUGCAUCCCUCCAUCCCAACAUUCUUCUUCUUCUUCUUCUUCUACAACUGGGGGAUUUAUUAAUGAUCAACACCUAGGUGUCCUUGCCACUGAGCUUAAAGUCACAUAGAGGAAAUGAUUACUGAGGCUUCAAGCCUUCAUUGGCGGUAAAGUCCGAUUUUUAAAUGUGUUCUUAAUUGUGAUCCACAUUUUUUCCAAAGUAUGCUCAUUCAUUUUACAAAAAUCUUUGUGGACACAAAUAAAUCAGUUCUUUGACUGUGUCAAAGUGAAGUGAACUCUGAGUAGCCUUAAACAAGGGUUUUAGGGAGGUUAUGCUGGUUAAAACAGCACAUUGGUAAGAGGAGGGGGGACAUGGAAAAGGAAGAGAGGGGAGGGGGGGAUAUCGACUUGCUGCAUGAGUUCCUGACACGGUGCCCUUAUUCUUCCUUAUUCUUAUUCUACCACAACAACAAGUCAUUUAGUAGCAUUAACAAACUGUCCUGGGGUGAGAAAGAGAGGACGUGUUUCAGUUAAUUUGCCUCAAUGCAAACACACACAAAAUGAAUUUAUUCUAAAGAGAUAUUAUUUUAUACAUGUUUUUGCACAAUGUUUGUUACAAGGCCGGUUUGAAGCCUUCAUGGGACAUCAAGGUUGAUUUUCUGUCAUUUAGUUGGUUUAAAUUAUGUUAACUCAUUAAGGACUCUACAACAACAAUUCAACUACAAGCCCAUAUGAUAGAACUUAAAGAAAUGCUUGUAAUGCUUUUCAAUUUGUGGUCGUUUUAGGGUGUAUUGACUGUUAAAAGUGGAUGUACUGUACAUCCGACACAAUGUUUACCAACCUUUUUGGCUCACGUUCACUUAAAAGGAAGCUUCUAUGUCUACUUGUAAGUUCAACCAAAGAAAAGUGGGGCCUUAAGAUGUAAAGAUGUGUUGUCCAGUAAUCAAUGAGAGAAAAAAGUUGAAUAUUUUGUACAGUAGAAAUUAGUAGUAUUUUUUCUGUUUCACUUAUGGCCCCUCAGAUUUAUUUUUGGUUGGGAAUCAAAGCUCUAAUAUAUAAAUAAAAAUAUUUUCUACACCACAUAUUGCUACGGACCCAGACCACUUUUAUACAUUUUAUUUUCUAUGCAAAGUCAGGUUUCUUGUGAGUAAAGCAGUGAGCCUUUUAACUGUUUGAUGUGCCUUGAUUGUGCUGCCUCCUGGUGGUUUGAACACAGUGGUGCAUGCACUGAUUUCUCAUUUGAAAAUUAAGUCAAUUUUUUUCUCUUCUUUUAAUUUAGUUAUGUAUUGGAUGAACUGAAGAAAAUGUGUCCUUAUGUCUGAAAAACAAGUGUAAUUCUGGCACUGUGCUAUUUUGACUUUAGAAACUGUUGAUGCUGUGGCCAUGGUGCCACCUCUUCAUCAAUUACUUUGGAUUUCUUAAGAUCUUCAGCUUUUCAUUAAAGAGAAGAAAUUGGUGUAACAGCCUACAUCCUGACUUCAGUUUCUGUCUGUAGGUCAGUGUAAUUGAAAAUUCAAAAGAGUUUAGUCAGACAAACAAAGUUUCACAUGAUGAAGAACCUAAUGUUCAUUCUGUCAGCAACCUGAAGACUGUUGAUUUGCAACAACGCUCGUUGGCUGUAUGUUAAAAUGUUUAUGGUGAAGGGUCGAUUUUAUUUUUUCUGGCACACUGAAGAUUGAUUUAUUUAGUCACAGAGAGAUCUAUUUUUCCAUUUGACAAAUGUCUGUAAUUUUUCUAUUAUCAAAUCAUUCUACCGGAGUGUUAUUGGUAAAAUAAAAUAAAUGAUGACAAACAA